UCCAGUAGGAAGAGAAAGGGCGGGACUCUAGCUCAUCUGUGUGGAUGUGCGGCGGCGUCCACAAGUAGAUAAAUAGACUGUGGUAACUUAUGAUUGAUGCAACUUAGUUACAAACACAGUCAACUAGAUGCCGACACUUCAGACUGGCAAACAAAAGACGUCGGAGUGGAGCUGCGCGUUUGUCCAUUGAUUCGCAUUCAUCUAAAGAGUAACGCCAGCAGUGCAUCACGAUCAGGAGGCUAGUUAGCGUACAUGAUGAUGGCCAGCUGAACAUUGUUGUGCCUUCAGCUCCUAUUAUUAUUAUUGCGCUUACGUUUUAACCAUCGCCGGGUAAAGUCUUUACCUUCGUAUACGUUUACCUUUGUAUGCAUUCUUUCCAUAUGCACAUACACUUGUAAUUUUUCUGAUCUUAACUGCUUAUAUUGUGGCGCUUAUGCGCCGUGAGCUAACUUAUCGAGCUAAGCUAACGGAACAGCUUUAGUCUGUUUGCAUGGGCCAAACCCAUUUUAGCUUGCAGCUAACCAAACGGAAGUUUGGUUCGGAAAGUAAAAAGUUUUUUUAUGAAGAUACACGUACAGGCCCGAGAAGCAGAAUGUUGUUUUGGAAAAGUCAACGGGGCAUUGACUUGGACCUGUAUUGAUCCCAAACAGCAUCGCAAGUAGCCUCAAUCCGAUACGCUACAAAAUGAGCACCUAGGGAACUGAGACAUAAGUCUGCUUGGAUAACAAGAACACUGCCUUUCAACAAUGUAGCUUUGCAAACUACUUGCAUGUUUGCAACAUAUGUACGAAGAUAAUAAUAACAAAGAUGAACAAUCAAAUUGUCAUGUCACAAGAGAAGAUGGAGUUGGACCUGGACAUCCCAUCACUUCAGGGCGAUGGGAACUUGAGGCGAUCGAACAGCGAGCCUAUGAUAAACGGCCUGAGUGACGCUUCACAUGUGUUCCAGAGAGAAGUUCUCCGCAGCAGAAGAAACAGUACAACUAUUGUUCGACCAAACGUGGUCCCAUCUUCACCGGUACGUGUUCCCAGUACAAGACUUCAAAAGAUCAAACAGGAAGAGGGCGUUGAUUUGAUGAACCGCGAAACUGCUCAUGAAAGAGAGGUGCAGACAGCAAUGCAGAUGAGCCAGUCUUGGGAGGAAAGCCUUAGUCUGAGUGAUAAUGACCUUGAGAAAUCUUCAUCAUCCUCAUCUCCAAAGCGGAUCGAUUUUGUGCCUGUUUCUCCUGCUCCUUCACCCACUAGAGGGAUUGGAAAAAAGCAGUGCUUCUCUCCUUCCCUUCAAAUUUUGGUGAGCAGUAAUGGGCUGACGCCAAGCCCUGUUCCCAGCCCAACACGCCGGUUCAGCAGGCGGAGUCAGAGCCCGAUUAACUGCAUCAGACCCAGCAUACUGGGCCCUCUAAAACGCAAAGGUGAAAUGGAGACCGAAAGCCAGCCUAAGAGACUCUUUCAGGGAACCACCAACAUGCUGUCUACAGAGGUGUCCCACCUGCCAGAAUUCAACACUUGUCUUUCUCCUGAUCUUCUUGAUGGAAGUCUCAGUAGCAUCGGCUCCUCCUCAGACUCUCCCGCUAAGAUGGAAGGAGUGUCGCCCUCUUCCAGUAACUCUCCCCACACACCCCUCCAGGAUCUUUCUCCCAAGUGAUCUGCUGAAAAGAUUGCGGAUUGGGGCUGCUUCUCAGAUCCUCUUCUGCGAAUUUCGCUUUCUUUUUCAAUGCCUUCCCAACACGGCUUUUGUUUUUGCUUUAAAUCGUCCUGUUGUCUGCUUGCUAGUGGAUAAUGUGGGUUGUUUGCAUUAAAGCAAAACCGCCUACAGAAAUAUAUCCCAUGUGGGACAGAGACCCCAUGACCCUGCAAAAGCUUGGAAAGGCUGUGGAUGCUUAUUUUGCAUCAGCUGCUAUAAAUGGACUUUAGUGGAGAGGAAUGCUACAGCAAGGAACAUCUUUGAAUUAUUUGUCUCCCCAAAAGGACACUUUAAACGUUUUGGAAAGAAAACUCUGUUCGGUUUCAAAUUGCCCGCUGGUAUUUUGUGUGGAAACUUAACUUAUUUGCUUUCGAUUUGUUUUGUAUGUAAGUAUGUACAUAUGGUUUAAUAUUAGUCGUCCUAUUAUUGGCAGUGAAAUGUUUAGAGGCAAAGAGCAAACUGACAGCUGCCUCUCUUGGAGUUUUAUUAGUGGUGCAAUUGCACUUUAAAAAGGGGCUGAAUACAUUUUUUGGGCUAUGUCUGAAUCUGUGUAUUUGACUUUUCAGGAACUUUCUCUUUUCAAGUAGGUGAAGGGAACAUUUUUUCACACUUCAUUCUCUUUUGUUAGAAUGAUGUUCAUGGUCAUCGUGGGCUGUUCAGUUAUAUACAACAAAUGCAGAUUGAAUUUAAUAUUGCAGUUGUUUGUAACCACUAAAUCCUCGAUUUGAACACUACAGCAAAAUGUACUGUCUGUGUGAUGUCGUGAGGUUACGUGUCUUCCUAAAGACAUGAGGAUAACAAUGUGACAAUUUGAAAAGUAAACAUCAGAUUUAUGUCUCUUGUAUGUUUUGUAGCCCUGGUUAUUCCCUUUUGGGAAAUAAAGGAUUCGGGUGAGAAUGUUCUCUACAGGUCAAUGGCUAAACUAAAGGUAUUGUUAAAAGUGGCCGAUUAAAAUUGAAACAGACUUAAGGGGAAACCCUCCCAUCCAGACUUAUUUGUGGCUUGUUUGAUGUUUCAAAGGAAAGGUAAAUGUUAUCUACUGACACUUAAACAGCGUUUCAUCAAGUCUGUAUAUAAGAGAACUGUACAACUGUAAGUGUAUAAGUUGUUUUUCGAUUGGGCCUGUAGUGUUACUUUAGGAAAAUAGUUUUUCUUUUGUUUUCAAUAUGGAUUUCAUUCAUGAAUUGCUUUAUUUCUUUAAGCAUGAUGUGAUGUAACAUACAUUCAUUUUCAAGUGAUUGUAAAAUCUGAAUUUUAAUUUGUAAAUUGAAAGAGUGACCGACAUGAAACUGCAUUGUAAGUUUUCCUCAAUGUCUUUAAAAACAUAAACAGUAAGUGGGUCGUGUGGAUCCGGUUUCUGUACUGUAUUGAUGGGUAAAAUAUAUUUGUAGUUUGCUUUGCUGACUUGUUUUUGUUUGUGGACUUGUCUAGUUAUUUAAUUUUCAUUCAACUACCAGUACUUUUCAAAAGCCUGUAUCUAUUGGGGAAUACCUGAGAGCUUUCCUAAGAAAAUGUAGUUGUGCUGUUGUCUCCCACAACAAAAAUGUGUUCAUAUCAGAGGCUUCCAGAUGUCAAAAAUAAACUGUUCAGCUAUUGUCA